AUGGCCGAGGCGGUGACCUACGCCGCCCUGCGCUUCGCCAAGAGCCCCCCGGGGCAGAGCCGGCCGCCCCCGGGACCCGCUGACGGCCCUCUCCGCUCCUCUCCCCCCGCAGAGGCCAGCGACGGCGAGCUCACCUACGAGAACCUCUCCCCGUCCGCGCGAGACCCCCGACGACCCCCGCGGCUUUCUCUUCCAGGGGCUCUCCCGAGGCGAAUCUGGUCCGCAGCCCCGCUGGCCCUGCUGGCCGCCGGCCUCUUCCUCGCCGCCACCUGCAUAGGACUGGGCGUCCGAUACUGGCAGGUCUCCCAGCAACUGCAGCGGGCAUCCCAGAGGCACGCAGCAGAGAGCAGCGCCCUGGCACACAGAAUCGGCGGCCAGGACGAGAACCUGACCUGGUCCUCGCAGCAGCUGUCCCGGGCCCAGGCAGAACUGGCAGACACACAGCUGGCCCUUCAGCAAUGCUUGCAGGCUGGCAACAGCACUCAGCGGCAGCUGGAAGAGGAACAGAAGCAACGGAAGGAGGCUGAGAGCUCCUUGACUCUCCUGUGGCAGGAGAAGGAGAAAGGGAUCUGGGAUCUAGAAGCAGCCACAUCCUGCCAGCAGAUUGGCUGCUGCCCCGAUGAAUGGAGUCUCUUCCGAUGGAAGUGCUUGCGGGUGUCAAGUGAUAGGAAGAAUUGGGCAGACAGCAGGCUGGACUGCCAAAGGCAACAGGCUCAGCUGCUGAUUCUAAAGCCCUGGAGGGCCACAGCCAUCUGGGAAGCCAUAAGAGGAAUGUCUGGGAAUUGUGUAAAACUGAGCCAAGGAGCCCUAAAACAAGAGGACUGUUCUUCAAAGCAUAAUAUGCAAUACAUUUGUGAGAAGCCAGCCACACCCUCACCCCAGUAA